AUGGCUGCUAAUCUGAGAGAUAGAACGUGGAGAAUAUUUAAUUUAUUAAAAGAUAAAGCACAAGAUAAUGGCAUCGGAGAAUUAUCUCCAGAAGACGAACCCGACCCUUAUGCUACAGAUGGGAGUGAGUCGGAAUAUAUUCCAUCAACUCCUGGAUCAUCUCCGAAUGACAGCUUUACUGACGAUAGUAAUGAUUCUUCACUCGAAAUUCCUGUAAUGGAAAAAAUAGUAGUGGUAAGUGAAAAGGAUACCCGUCCCCCCAAAAUUAAUAUUAUUUCGGAAGUACGAAUAUUACCAAAGCAUAAGAAACCUGAUCUUGAAGAACCUAGAGUAUUUGAUGCAACUGUAUUCGAAUGGUUCAAACCAUUUGCAUUUCAAUAUGCAAAUGAUUUUGAGAACGAGUGUUUAUUUACCGAUGAAGUGAUAUCAUUGUGUUCUAAUAAAUUAUUGCCGGCAGCUCGAAACGAAUCCACCGAAAAAAAGUAUUUCAUCAUCCUGUAA